AUGGCGUCAGUUGCUUCUGUCGCUGCGACUGUCACCGCGUCCGCUCUCCCCCUUAGACUGGCCUCGACCACCAAGCCUUCCUCAGUCGCGCAGUCGAUGCAAGCAGAUUGUCACGCUGCGAUGGCAUCACUAGCCAUUCGGAUGGACUCUCAGGGCGUUCGCUUGCGCGGUAGGCUCGGCAGCUCGUUCGGGGGAGCGUCGGUGCUGGAGCGGCCGGGAUUGGACCAAUCAGGAGGAGCGGACGGCGCUCCGAAGACGGACGCCGGCGGAGAGAUGGGGCAGCUGAAGCAGCGGAUGCGGAACGGAGGGGGGGAUCGGUACCGCGUGCUUCUGUUGGACCACGAAAAGCACACGGAGGAUGGAGUGGCGAAGGUGCUGCCAACAGUGGUGCCGUCAGUCACAGCGAACGACGCGCGGCGGGUGUUCAACGAGUCCAGAGAGCUGGGUCAGGGGCUCGUCUGCGUCGCCAUCAAGGAACAUGCUGAGUUCUACGCGCAGCACAUGGCCAUGAAAGGCCUGCGUUCCACUAUCCAGCCUGAUGGCCUUGUCAUUUAA